AAAUUAAAUAAUGCAUUAUUGUACGGCCUGACACAGUAAACAUUCAGUAAGUGCAAGCUAUUAGUAUCAUUGCUGUUGGAUUCUAUUUCUAUGAGACCCUGGGCAACAUUAAGAGUUUUUAUUUCUGUGACUGGGUAUAUGUAUUUGUUAUGCACAUAUGAACACCUCAUGUACAGACAAAACAAAGUGUUUUGAAACUUUACUGAAGGAUUUGAACUAAAUUUUCUAGCUACUAGAGCUGCAGAGUUGAGAGAAAUGGGUGCUAGACUUGUAUUUUAAUGUAUCCCCUGCAUUUUGUGGGCUAUGAUGGAGAAAGCUAUAGCCCUGAGUAGGUGUGUGUAGUGGGGGCGAGGGAGUUAAAAUAGUAUGAGAAAUGGACAAGCUGAUCUGAGCUUCUGCUUCCUGCCUCCAGACCAUGAUUCCCAUGAUAGUUUGGCAACAAACUACAAACCUUCUCUGCCCUGCAGAGGUAGCAGACACUGUUUCAGAUGGCUCAACCUGGGUGUCAGAGUGUCACUUUAGAAUCCUAACUCUGCAUAGUCUCUUGGGUAUUCAAGUGGGCAGACUAGCCUACCGCACUGGAGUCAGUGGUUGGAUGGGUAUGGCAGGGGUUCCCCAGCCCUGCUCUGAAGGAUUCUAAAGCACGAGCUGAUUUGGGAGGUGUUGUCCUGAGCAGUGUCUUGCCAUUUAAUCCACUGUCUUAUCCCUUCUAAGGGGAGGCAGCUACUUAAAGUGACAGCCAUUUGUUUAUCUGUGGAUGUCAAAGGUGCCCUGGGUACGUUAUGGAAUUCAUAGUUCUUAGUUUUUAUCCAUGAGGAUGCUGAGGCCUAGUCUGGGUAAGGGAGUUGGCUAUGGUCACAAAGCACCUCUGGGGCAGAUGCAGGGAGAGAUACCCAAUCUUUGCCUCUCAGGCCAUAACCCAAGGCUAGAUGCCCCGAGGUGUCUUGUUUGCAUUAUGACUUUGAACAAAUACAGGGACUCUUUUGGCCAUGGGCCCUCAAACCCUAAUGGCUACAGCACAGUGGUUCAGGGCAGUAAGGUAUACUGGAACCCCUGCCUCCCAGGACAUUUCCUCGGGGACAGGAGACUUGGGUGACUUGCUAAACCCUCUGCAACACCAUUUGCUCCUCUAUGUUUAUUUCCUCACCUGUAACCUGGAAGUUAGUGGCCAGGAGUGUAGGCUCUGGUCUGUUGGCCUGGUAAUCUAUUUCUAGUUCUGAGAACUUGGCCAAGCUCCUCACUUCUCCGAGGUUGUUUUCCCUGUCUGUGGAAGAGAAAAUAAUGGUGUCUACCUUCAAAGGGCUGUUGUGAGGUCUGAAUGGCAUAAGGUAUGCAAAAGAAGCACCCAGCAAACAUACCGUUAUAAUUCCUGGCUCUAUUUCCCCAGGGUCCGGACCGGUCAGGUGCAGACCGCCUGGGUUUGACACCUAACCUGAUCGCUUUCUAGUUCUGUGGCUUUGGACAAGCCUCUGCCCCUCCUUGGAAGCUCAGUAUCCUCAUCAUAAACGGGUUAGCCACAGGACCUGGCCCCCAGGGGCUUGCCGGGAAGGUUAAACGCCCAGGAAAACACUCCGUGAGCACAGGCUCGGGCACACAAGAGGGCUCUCGCCUGUCGCGUUCACCGCUGCCGACUGCGCCUGGCACGGACGGGUCUCCCGAAAUAGCCAUUGAGCCAGCGAGAGUAGGAGCCUGGCCGGCCGAGAGCCCGAGCUGUCAUUAUCAUGUUUCACACCCCUUCCUCCCCGAGUGGCUGAGGACGCGCGAGAGGGGGCGCGCCCGAGUCGGGAUUCCUCGCGGCCGCGGGGCCCGCCCUCCUUCGUUCCCUCCCCUUCUCCCUCCCUUGCUCCGGAGGAGCCUCGCAGCGCCGCCCCUGCCAGCCCCCUCCCCGGCCGGGAGCGGACGGUGGGUGGCGGCAGCGGCGAGCGGGCGGGCCGCGGAGGACGCGCCGCCAGCGCCUCCCUCCCUGCGUCCUCGGUCCCGGGCCGGCCGGGGCUGCCGCGGCGCGCGGGUGCCGGGCUCUGCCUCGCAGGCCAUGGGGGAAGGGGGCGCCGUGGGGCGCCGCCGGCCCUUCCCCGGGGCGCCGCGGCGGCGCUGGUGGCGGCGGCAGCAGCAGCAGCAGCGGCAGCGGCAGCGCUGGUGGCCGGGCCGCGGCGGCGGCGGCGGCGGCGGCGAGGGCGAGGGCGCGGGGCGCGCCGCCAUGGGCCUGGCCGGGCUGCAGGAGAAUGUAUUUACCGGGCAAUCAAAGAUCUAUACCUACAUGAGCCCGAACAAAUGCUCUGGAAUGCGUUCCCCCCUUCAGGAAGAGAACUCAGUUGCACAUCACGAAGUCAAAUGCCAGGGGAAGCCGUUAGCCGGAAUCUACAGGAAACGCGACGAGAAAAGAAACUCUGGGAAUGCAAUACGAAGCUCCAUGAAGGCCGAGGAACAGAAGAUCAAAGACGCCAGGAGAGGUCCCCUGGCCCCUUUUCCAAACCAAAAAUCUGAAGCAACAGAACCUCCCAAAACCCCGACCUCGUCUUGUGAUUCUCCCAAUGCAGCUGCCGCCAAGCAAGCCCUGAAAAAGCCCGUCAGGGCCAAACAGGCUCCCAGGAAAAAAGUUCAAGGAAAAACACAGCAGAAUCGUAAGCUCACAGAUUUCUACCCUGUUCGAAGGAGCUCCAGGAAGAGCAAAGCUGAGCUGCAGUCUGAAGAAAGGAAAAGAAUAGACGAAUUGAUUGAAAGUGGGAAAGAAGAAGGAAUGAAGAUUGACCUCAUUGACGGCAAAGGCAGGGGCGUGAUCGCCACCAAGCAGUUCUCCCGGGGCGAGUUUGUGGUGGAAUACCACGGGGACCUCAUCGAGAUCACCGACGCCAAGAAGCGGGAGGCUCUGUAUGCGCAAGACCCCUCCACGGGCUGCUACAUGUACUAUUUUCAGUAUCUGAGCAAAACCUACUGCGUGGAUGCAACCAGAGAGACAAAUCGCCUGGGAAGACUGAUCAAUCACAGUAAAUGUGGGAACUGCCAAACCAAACUGCACGACAUCGACGGCGUGCCUCACCUCAUCCUCAUUGCCUCUCGCGACAUCGAGGCUGGGGAGGAGCUCCUGUAUGACUAUGGGGACCGCAGCCGGGCUUCCAUCGAAGCCCACCCCUGGCUGAAGCAUUAACCCCACGGCCCCGCCCCCCCCCCCCCCCUUCUUCAAUGCCCAAAGUGCCCCCAAGGGGAAUUGACUUUUUUUUUUUUUUACACAUUUAAUCUUAGCAGAUUACUUCAGAUGUUUUUAAAAAAGUAUAUUAAGAUGCCUUUUCACUGUAGUAUUUAAAUAUCUGUUACAGGUUUCCAAGGUGGACUUGAACAGAUGGCCUUAUAUUACCAAAACUUUUAUAUUCUGGUUGUUUUUGUACCUUUUUUGCAUACAAGUUAAACGUUUGUGCUUCCCGUGCAUGCAGUCAAAGACUCAGCACAGGUUUUAGAGGAAAGAGUCGAACACGAACUAGGAAGCUGGGCGAUGCGCCUUCGUGCACCCGAGGAGCCGGGACUCUCUCCCCUCCUCAGCCCUGACGUCCCAGUGCCAGGCGGGCGCGAGGAAGAGCUGCCUCCUCACGGCCUGGACGGGAUGUCCCCAGGCCCUUGUUUUCCUGACCUCUCGACAGGCGCACGUGGAAGUGCACGAAUAUUCCUUAAAAAGGUUUCACAGUAAGAUAGUCUUCCCCUCUGCUUUCUCGAAAGCUUACUGACCCGGUGGCUCACGGGCCGGGCCUAGAUUUACUCUUCCACGGGCUGCCGCUUUUCUGGGCACCUCGAAGCAUCAGGGCGGGGAAUCAAAGCAGAUGUGGGCAGGAACAAGCACUGCUUACCUAGCCCUGCCGGGCAGGGGUUCCCGAAACUGGGUUAAUUUCUUUAUAGAAAUGUGAACACUGAGCUUAUUUUAAAAAAAUAAUAAUAAAAAUCAAAAAACAAAAAAGAAAAAAAAGAAACCACAGAAGACAACUUACAUGUAUAUAGGUCUUGAAGUGAGUGACGUGGCUGCGUUUUUGUUUGGGUUUUUUUUUUUAGUUUGGCUUUUUUUCUCCCCCUUGGUUUUGUUUCUGUAGAAGAGAUUUGAGAUGGUACACUAUUCUAAUCAAAAAUAAAGUUUUGUAGUGCGACCAGAAAUUACUUACCCAAUCCCCCACCUCCCCACCCCCACCCCAACCUGAUUCUGCUGGGUUGAAAGUUCCAGACCUGCUGUCAAGGCUUUUGUUUGUCAGACCCCCUGGUGUCCUUCCUGUGAAGAUGCAGCCAUGAACCAAAGGGUGAGCCUACAAGCCCCGAAAUGCAGGGUCCCCACCCCAGCUGCUGGAGCGCAGGGGAGCGGGCGGGCCCAGCGGCCCAGGGAUCACGGCUAAGGGUAAAGUUUUCACCUCGACUGUGACAGCAGGAAGAGCAGCAGGUAGCUUCCUCCCAAAGGGAAACCGAUUCCCACUUUCUGUUAACCUGUAGUUCAGGGGCCUGGGGCUCUGGAGCCGUGACGUGGGGUCUCCUGGCCCCCUGCUCCCAGGUAAAUGUGAAUGGAGACAGGUAUGAGAGCCUGUCCUCAACUUCAGUGCCCCUGUCCCGGUCUCACGACGGUGCUACCUAAGAAAGUCUUCCCCCCACCCCACACUUGCCUGGUCAGUGGUCAGUGAAUUGGAGGAGGAUCUGAUGGGAGUGUGUAAAUGUGAGAUAAAAUGUCUUGGUUGUACCUGUUUGUGGUUUAGCUUUGUAUUUAAAAAAAAAAAAAAGGAAAUAAACUUGAAAAUUAUUUGUCAUCAUAAAAAUGAAAUGAAAAUUAAAAUAUUUAUUGCCAGGCGAGGCUACGUGUGUCAUUCUGGUUU